AAAUUAUUUUGGUAUUUGUAGUAUUACGUAGUGAAAUUGCUGUUUUUAAUGUAUUUUCAUUAAUGCAUAUGUGCGUAAACAAGCUUAUGUAAAUAAUUAUGUGUUUGACAUUUUUUAUUGAUUCCGGUUUCUUUAAUGUUGAAUAUACCAAGCUCAAGUCAAAUAGUCCUGUGGGUGCAAUAAAUAAUUUGUUAUAUAUUCCUAUGCGUAAACUACUUCAGAAACCUGACAGAUUCGCUUUCCUAUAUCAGUUCCCGGUGUUGGAAAGUUAUAUAAUGUAUAUUGAUUAACUUUCUAAUAAAUACAUUAAACUUUUCGUAAGAUCAUGCAAAUAAAUUUAUUUCUGUAAUUCAAUACGGCAAAGGACAAUAUUGAUUCCUGCAGCUGUUUUCCGGUAAGAUGUGCUCGGGAAGACUACAGGCACCCCGCAUGCAAUGAGCAUAACAAUAACUGCUUUUCUAAAUUUUCCCUUGGAAACGUUACAAGCUUACAAAAAAAAACAUUUCAGCUGAAUAAAUUAUUUAAAAUAAAAAUAGGUGAUCAAACGAAUACAUCAUUCUUUUACCAUAAUCUAAAACACCAAACUAAAAAGAAGUUUAAAACUGAAUACACGCAAAAGGAAUUAACUCGUUUUGGAUCAGAAGAAAACGUGUGCAUUAUUAAACCCAAUAUAUUAUACAGAGUUAUAAUACAAUUUUCAAAUGGAACUAAAAGAAAAUCUGGCGCAAGUAACAAAUACAUUUCAAGAAAACAAAAUGAGUUCAACUUCCAUACUAUAUUAAUGGAAUGUGACCUUUUUAGUUACUGUUAUUUUGACUUUGAACACUUUAUUAGAACAUAUAUAUAUAUUGAACUUUCUAACAGAAAACUAAGGAAAAAUGAGCUACAAAAUAGCGGAUGUCAAAACAUAUUAGUAACUAAAACAAGUAGUAAGAAAACAAAGACAAAAUUAAAUAAACAAAAUGUAAAUUAUUUGAAGAUUGAAGAUUAUAAUUUAAAUAUACGCUAUAAAAUUGUACCUAAAAGUAAGCUUCAUGAAAGAAAUGUUUUUAAAUUUACAAUAAAUAACGUCUUAUCAAAAAUGGAAACCAUGAAAAAAGUGAUUGAUUCACCUCAGGCACCUACUACAACUCGUCGUGUUGGAACGGUUUCUUUCGAAGACAGUAAAGAAAAGUCGUCUAAGCAAUAUACGCAAAACAUGAACCAGGAGAACAUGAACGUAUUAUCAGAACCUGUCAUAUUUAAAUCACCCUCAGUAGUGCAAAUGCCUACUGCCACUACAUGUAAAGCUGUUGAAAAGUUUAAUCCAAAUAUGCGUUUCAUCCGCAAAAAUGUUGAACAAUCUAUUAAGAACAUCAAUUCUAAUUACAUGGAAUUUGAAACAGAAUUUCCUAGAGAUUAUGAUGAUAAUAUUGAAAUGCUAUCAAGAGAGGCUGAACAUUUAGAAAAACAAUUUUGUACCCCAACACGCACAAGUACAACUGAAGUAAAAUUGCAAGUAAUACAUAAUAAAGCUAACGAUGAUUACAUUAACUUUAAUAACAUUGAUCAGAAAUCUACUUCCUGUUUAAAUUCUAAACAUAUCGGAUUUAAAGUGGAAGAAAAAUUAGAUGAAAAAUUUUCUGAAGUAAGUACAGUGGAGAAAGAAAAUGCAAAAUCAUUUUACAGCGAUUCAGAAGAAAAACCUUUAAAUCAAUCGGGCGUACACUCGAGUACUGAAAGUAAAGGUACAGCUACUCCCAUUCAAGUAGGUAGUACUGUAACAAGUACAAUAAAAAUUGCUUCAUCAAAAGAUGAUGAUGACGAACCUAUAGCAAUGUCUCCUUGUGGUCGUUUCUUUAAAUACGAUAAGGAAGUUGGUAGAGGAUCAUUUAAGACCGUAUAUCGUGGCCUAGAUACCGAAACUGGAGUAGCAGUCGCUUGGUGUGAACUUUUGGAUAAACAAGUAAAAAAAAGUGAACGAACUCGUUUUCGAGAAGAGGCAGACAUGCUUAAAAAAUUGCAACAUCCAAAUAUAGUGCGAUUUUAUACUUAUUGGGAGUUCACAAUUUCUCGGAAAAAAAAUAUUGUUUUGGUAACUGAGUUAAUGCUGUCGGGAACUUUAAAGUCGUAUUUGAAGCGCUUUAAGAAAAUAAAUCCCAAAGUGUUAAAGUCAUGGUGUCGUCAAAUAUUGAAAGGCUUACAUUUUUUACAUACACGACCUCUGCCUAUCAUUCAUCGUGAUCUAAAAUGUGAUAAUAUAUUCAUUACCGGUACAACGGGAAGUGUUAAAAUUGGUGAUUUAGGCCUUGCAACUUUAAAAAAUCGAUCGCAUGCAAAAUCCGUUAUCGGUACUCCAGAAUUUAUGGCACCUGAAAUGUAUGAAGAACAUUAUGAUGAGUCGGUUGAUGUUUACGCAUUUGGGAUGUGCAUGUUAGAGAUGGCAGUAUCGGAAUAUCCUUAUAGUGAGUGCAAAGGACCAGCACAAAUUUAUAAAAAAGUAAUAUCAGGAAUAAAACCCGCAGCUCUCGCAAAAGUUGAAGAUCCCAAAGUACGAGAAAUUAUCGAAAAAUGUAUUGAGCUUAAGAAAGAAGAUCGCCCUAGCUGUAAAGAUUUACUUAAUUCUGAAUUUUUUGAAGAAGAUAUUGGAAUUCGUGUUGAACCAACAGCUACUGAAGCUUUUUUAAAUAACUCGGUAAAUAAUAUUAUAGAAUUUAGACUUCGUUUCCUUGAUCCGAAAAAACGUUCUUCUAAACACAAAGAAAAUGAAGCUAUUCAAUUUGAAUAUGAUAUAAAAAAGGAUGAUUGUGAACAAAUUUGUCAUGACAUGACUAAAGAAAAUAUUAUUAACGAAGAAGACACGAGAUCAGUGAUUCGUCUUUUAAAAGUACAAGUAUUUUCAUUAAUAAGGGAAAGACUGCAACGACAAACACAAUUACAACUUCAAAACGAAAAAUCACGUUUAGAAAAAUUAGCCUUACAGAAACAACGGGAAAUGCUCUUACCGGAAGAAGAUGAAGACGAAGCAGAUUCAGAAGAAGAUGACGAUGAUUUGAAAUGGGUUUCAAAGAUGGAGUUAACUGAAUCUAAAGAAAGUGAUGUUAAAACAAAGUCUGUUACAAAUAUUAAUAAAAGUACUAGUGCAGAAAUUAUUCUUAAUGAAAUUCAAAAUGAUAUUAUCAUUUCAAAUAGUGAACAAAAUUUGCCCGAUGAAAAACAGCAGAUACAUAAUCAAAUAUUAAAUCAGGAUUCUUUUGAAACUUUACCAAAUAUUUUGCAAAGUAAUGCAAACAUUCAAACUCAAUUACAACAGCCUGAAAAAUGUUCAAAUGACACACAUAAUCAACAUCAAUUAGAUUUAAAGGAAAAUAUGGAUAUUAAUUUGGAAAAAUCAGUUCAUUUUUAUGACUCUGCUAAUAAACACCCAUUUCAGGUGCCAAACAAUGAUCAUCAAUCACUAUUAUACAUAAAUAAACUUACAAAUUCACAAAAUUUAUCAACAGUUAAUGGUGACAACAAAAACCAACAAGGCGAUGAAAGUUCAUUGCAAGUAUUACAGGAUAAUAGCUUUUUAUCACAUAUUGCUCAAGCAUCUAUCCAACAUAAUCCUGAAGUUGCAUAUCAUCAAGAAACUGUACAGGAUAAAUUGUCUGCCAUGACAUUAAAUAUUAACAAGACGACUGCACCACAGUGUUUAGAAACAAGUACCAUAUAUCCUAAUGAUUUGAAUAAAGUUUCGGAUAUUUCAACGGAUGAUGGCCAAAGUUCACGACUUCCAAAACAUCGGCGAAUGUAUCGUAAUGGGUCUGAACGUGUUCCGAAACUUACUAUUACUGGAAUAGAAAAUGCAACAGUUAUAAAUUGUCAAAUGGAAAAUAAACCGAAUACGAUUACUUUUAAGUUUGAUAUUUGCGACGUUAAUCCAAUGGAUAUUGCUAACAAAUUGGUCACUCAAAGUCUACUAUCGCAAUGUCAAUGCAGUAUUUUUGUUGAGUUAAUAAAUGAUAUAAUUCAGCAAGUAAAGUUGGAUCCAAAUUUUCUUCACACUUCAAAAAACUUAGUCCAGGACGCUGAAGAGCAAAGUAUCCAACCAGUCAAAACUUAUAAUAUUACGGAAACUAUGGUAUGUGGAGAAAAGAUUUCGAAUCCUGCCAUCAAUUCACCUUUAUCACCAAACUCCGAAAGUUGCUUACAUUCAAAGAAUGAAGUUGAUCUUCAAUACAUAAAUAAGCAUAUUCCAAUAGAAGAUAAUAACACAACAGCGAAAAAAAAUACUUCUUCUGGUUGCGAUAAUAUAAAUAACAGUGAUACACAUGAAUCUACUUCGGUAUCUAGAAAAACCAGUACAUCAGAAUAUACAUCAUUGUCGUCAGAUUGCACUCCUGAUAACACAAUUACCACAUCACCUUCGGUACCAUAUCCUGAACAUAAAAUAAGUUUUGAUAUAACUAAUGACAGCGAUUUAAUUCUUAAUGAAGUACCAGAUAAUGGAGGCUGUUCAUCCCAAACAGAAAAUAUUUUUACAGAUAAAUGUACCAACGACGAUCAAAAAUUAGCAGAAACUGAUUUAAAAUUGCACGACGAAGAUAAUAAAAAUUUUACUUCACCAAAUACACGAAAAAUAUCUCGUUUUCUUGUUCACAACGUACAAUCUAAUAGUGCUGUAGAGUUAAAUCCGGGUGUCAAUAUUAUGGAAAUCAGUGAUAAUAUCGAAAAGAAUGCAGAUGAUGUAUUAGAUAUACGUGAUAGU